AUUAUAUUGAUCAUGGCGACUGCAUGAAAACAUUGUGACUGAAUGAGUCUGGACAUGUCCAUUGAUUUUAGCGGAUAUGCCAAGGAAAGGUUCCCGAAAAUCUAUACUUGAAAAGAAACCCAAAUUAGAUUUUGUCAAGAGCCCUGUAAGUGGCCCUGGAUGUCCUGUGUCCCCUGUCCUUGGAGCUCUUCAUCCUCUCACAGCUAAGGCCAUAGCUGCUGAUGAAUCCAAUCUCACAUGGAUCUCACCAAAUUUCCUUGCUCGGCAAGGUUUGAGCCAUGGGAAAAUUAAACUACUGAGAGGAAAGAGACUACAAACACGACAGAGACAUGUCUCAGGCGAGAAGGAGAAUCAUGGCGAUAGUAGACGAGGACAAGCUCUUGGAAGACUCAAACCUUUGGCAUUUCUCACAGAUGAUGCCACUGACGAAUCACUGGAACUCCUUCAGAGUUUGACACCACCACGAGAUUUCUCUGUGUCUAGGAACCUCUGCCCCAGUCCUACUUCUGAUGUCCAGACUCCUGAAAUGAAAGAAAAUGCUGGUGAUCAACGUCAGUGUUCUGACAGUAGUGUGCUUGUGAGGAGACAGCUUAGAAAGGGAGACAACUCAAGUCAUAAAUCGAUAGCUGAUACAGUUUGCAAGGCACCAAAUCUGAUUGAGUCGCCUUUAAGGAUAUUAAACUUUUCAGUUGAGGAUAGUCAGUGUUGUGAUCCGUCUCAGAUUCGUAGAUCGGCAAGGUUACGAGAAAAGUACAAGGAUUCAGUGAAGUUACUGCGAACUCCGCCGCGACGGGUUGUGAAAGAUGCUAAUGUGUUGGUGGUGGAUACUCCGGAGAGCGACUACGGUCUGAGUCUCCGAAGAAGACAGUUGGCUAAGCUGAGGGGAUGUGUUUCUGGAAAAACAUCCUGAAUACUUUGAAAAUAGUGUGAAGUUGCAUAAGAGUGAAUCUGUAUGCUUGAACAGAAUGCUACUGCACCAUGGUACCUUGAAAGUGUUCAGAUCAUCACAGUGGAAAGGUCAUUGUGUUUCACAUUCAAUAGUCAGAGGUUAUCAUCCAUGUAUUUUCUCUUAACAAUGAAUCGUUUGCUGUUAAUAGUAUUACAUAGUAAAUAGUAAAUAGUAUUAAGUACAUGUUCCCAAGGCAUCAGUGUCCACUAGCCUUUAUCAAAAUCUAGUUAUUACUCUUGCCCUUUUCUUGACUCAGUCCUGGCGCCACCCUGCGUAAGCAUGAGUUCUGACCCUUGUGAUGAUGUCAGUGCACUAAGUCCCCUUGGGCAAGUUGAUUGAAAACUUGGAAAGACCUCGAAAAUAUUAGCUUUUGCUUAAGUGUUGGAAUAAUUUCAGUGCAAAUUCGACUCACAAUGAUUGUGGCCAUUGUAGCUGCCAUGUUUUUGGAACCCAAAUGUUGAUUUUGAAAACGUUAUCUUGUUGGACAUGCUAGUCCUCUCCUGAGAAAAGUUGGCUGGAAAGGGCAAAGGUGAAAACUAGACUUUGAAAAUUGACACUCUCGUCUCAGGAAGAUGCUUAAAAUUGGGCGAGAUCAAUUUAUUUACUUGCUUUACAAAUUGGCCUGUCGCUCAGUCCCUUCAGUACCCUCUUGCCUUCACGUAUUUAUAGGAUGAUAAUCUGGAAAACAAGUAAUUAAGUUGGUCUAGCCUACAAUGUUUAAGAAUGGUUUCCUUCUCAAUCAUUUGUACAUCAUGUUUGUGAUUUGACCAGGCCAAGUAUGUCUUCUAAUUUGUGAAUCAGCUUGUCAAAAGUGUCAUAAUGUUUGUAAUGAUUGAUUUAGCAUGUUUAUGAGUAGCCUAUGAUUAACAUGUAUUUUCUAAAUAACUUUUUUUUUAUCUAGGGGCGGUGGGGUAGCCUAGUGGUUAAAGUGUUUGCUUGUCACAUGGAAGACCAAGGUUCGAUUCCUUACGUGGGUACAAUUUGUGAACCCCAUUUCUGGUGUCCCCUGACCUGAUAUUUUGACAUAAAACCAUACUCAUUCAUUCACUUAAUUCAUGUAACUUUAUCUUUAAUCUCAUGCUUAUCAUGGUCAUGUGAUAUUUAUUGAAUUCCUGCAUGUGGGUUCGAAUCAUGGUUCGCCCCGAUUAUGUUUCUAGGUUUGUCAGCACCAUACCCAUGCUCGUGGGUUUCACCGAUGUGGUGAACGUCUGAGACUUGCAUCACUUCGGGCUUUCCUCCCACAUUAAGCUGACACGCCGCGAUAUAACUGGAAUACUGUUAAAAGCGGCGUUAAACCCAACUCACUCACUGAUUAUGAGCCUGCUUUUUAAUAGAACAUCCAUUAAACAAAAAGUAUUUGCAAACAUUGGUCUGCCAUAACUCAGUAUGGACGUGUUGGAUCACAAAUAUUGAUUACUGGAUCAACUUGAUAAUUGCUCUAGUUGUGUAACUAUCAUUAUCAAACAUGUAUCUACUGCAAAGAUAUAAAGUCAUGAUGAGAAGCUACUGAUGAAUUGUUCCAGUUCAGUAGUGUUGAUUGUUGUUUUGUGUGUGUUAAAGUGACCUGAAUGGAGAGUGGGUGUCCCCAAAGCCUGCUGAAUGGAAGAUAGCUUAGUGUCGAUUGAGGUAGGGGACAAUGAUAUGGAAGGCCAUGAUACGAUACAUAGCUCGAUACACUGCUCAUGAUGUGAUACAUAUCUCAACAUGCUCAAUAUGUCAGAACGACAACAUGAACAACUCAAAGGCCAUGAACUGAAAUACUCGUAUAUUUCUGAUGAGUGAAAAGGUAACAAGACAGGGAAGCCAAAAUGGUCCCAAACAGCUGAUUUGAAGGAUGCAGACGGCUUUAUCAUGUUUAUAAGCUCACUUUAAUCCCCUUUUAGAUAGGGUUAUAAUUUUGUUAAGAAAGUCAAAAAUAAUAUACUUUGUAUCAUGAAGUAUCACAAUAUGUCACAUAUGUAUUAAGUAUGUAUCAUAUGUCUUAUAGCAGGUCAUGUUACUUGGUGCAUCUAGUGUGGAUAGAUGCUCAUGAUGUCAAUCACUGGAUUGUCUGGUCCAGACUCGAUUUUUUACAGACCCUGUCAUAUAGCUGAGUGCGGCGUUAAACAACAAACAAACUUAGGUAGAGGAAGCCUCUCUAGCUUGAAGAUUGCCCAUUAAGUCUGACUGACUGUAUUUUGUAUAGCCUACAACAUGUACAACUAAACACCUGAUGCCAGUCAUGUGUCAACUUCCAACUUUCUUAAAGUAUCAAAUUGUGUUGCCAUUCCACAUCAUUUUGGCACCUGUGAAGAUCUGUGUCAGAAUAGAUCUUCAGCAACCCAUGCUUACCGUAAAAGGUGACUAUGUUUGUCGAUAGAGUCGGGUGUCAGACUGGCUGACAUGGUUGAUGCAUGUUAUCGAUCCCAAUUGUGUAAAUCGAUGCACAUGAUAUCAAUCACUGGAUUGUCUGGUCCAGACUCAAUUAUUUACAGACCACCGUCAUAUAGCUGGAAUAUUGCUCAGUGCGGCGUUAAACAACAAACAAACAAAGCAUCAUUUUGGGCAAACUUUGUUCAUCACAUUAAUUCGGGCCUAUUGACGAUUAGUUAUCAUGAUUAAAUGAUACAGAAAUCGCUCUAUUUGAUUUUGUGUUUGUUCUAUUUAAGAUGUCAUACAUUUCCAUGAUCAUAUGACCAACACUACCAUGUUAAUGUUGUUACCCUGAAGACGUGGAUCAAUCUUAACCUGUUUCUUGAUUGUGGCAAUUAACCAUAUCCUCCUUGAAUGCUGGGGGCCCUGGUCGUCCUGUUGCCACCAGUAGCUGUGCAGAGUUGUGUCCCUUAGGUGUGAUGGACGUCUAUGAUCAUAGGUUCUAAUCACAGAUUUUCUUUGAUUCCUGAUUGUUUCUGAAGUUGUCAACACCAUAUCUGCGCUGGGAAACGUCAAAGAUUUGCUUCACUUUGAGAUUUCUUCCCACAUAAAGCUAACUUAACUGAAAUACUGUUCAAAGCAGUGUUGACCAAACUUACUGAGUACUUGAAUACAUGAAAGUGACCUGUUGAUGCAAUAAAUUAAUAC